AUGAAAACAAGGCAAAAUUCCCUUCAUCCGACUUAUAUAUCAACCAGGAAAUUUGAAAUAAAAGCAAGUCAAACUGAAAUUGUAGGAGAUCUCCAGCAGAUGAUCGGCUCAAUCCCUGACAUUUCUUUACCGAAGAAGAACAAAUCCCAGCCAUUUUCGCCAGCCGAUUUUCCCAAGCGUCAAAAACUAAAGCGAGCCACAAAGGCACCGUCACCCCCUCCUGCAGUCCCUGAGGACGCAAUUGGAAUUUUGGGCUUUGCUUCCUUUCUGGUUGAAGCUGAGGCUCAAUCUCAAAUUCCAGCUCCAGUGAAACAGCCCAAGAAAACACAGAAACCAGCCACAAAGCAAGUAAAAAAACAAGCUGUUUCAGAGAAGCCUCAAGUAAAAGCACAGGUUUCCUAUAUUCCCAGAAAUUUUGGGAUGUAUAUGAAUUACGUACCUAGAAUUAUUUUCCCUCAAGCAUUCAAACAGGUGUCGCUAGCCUCUGGAAAUCUUCCAAGAGCCGCGAAUCACUUAAAAAUCGCAUUUUAUAUCAACAAACUCGCAAAAGUCGAAAAAUCACGGCCAGUGCCAGCCGAGUGUUAA